GUGCGUUUGAUACUUCGUGAUGGGCAAGCUUGUCAAGAGUGCAUUCUACGGUCGGUAAUAUUGAUUUGAGACGUCAUUUAAGCAAGGCCUGGGCUUAUCAUGAGGUGUUGAUGCCUGAGGCUGCAAGAGUCAGGUAGCUUUCACCGCUCUGAACCUUUUCUUCGCCGACAACACGCACCAUUCCUUUCGACGGUCACAGCUGGACCCCCAUGAUCGAACGAUAGCGUCGUCCCCCAAUUCUGCCUUUCCCCAAAGAUGGCGCCAAAAAUGUCCCCCGCGGACAUGGCAAAGGAGAAAGCCAGUCAGGCCAUGGGUCAAGCGCUCUACGGCGCGUGCCAGGAGCACUUGGAGCGCGAUCCAGACUAUUUCUUCGCACAAGAGGACUUUGAAAGCUACAAUGUAGUUCCAAGAGCAGAGACCGGUAAUGCCGUGCAAUGGCUGGUCAACAAUCACCUUGUAAGAGUCUACACAUCCCAGGAUGGCCAAGUGCUCUUCAAGCUGCGACCAGAGGAUGUUGCGAAGCGCCUCCGCACCAACCCUGCCGAAAUGGAAGACCUCGUCUACCAACACAUCGAAGACUCCUCGACGGCCGGCCUGUGGACCAAGACGCUCAAGGCCCGCGCAAACAUGCAGACCAACGUCCUCAACAAAGCCAUCAAGUCCCUCGAGUCCAAGAAGCUCAUCAAGCUCAUCGUCAGCGUCAAAUCCCCAACCAAGAAAAUGUACAUGCUCUGGCACCUCUCUGCCGCCGAAGACGUCGCCGGCGGCGCCUUCUACGACGGCGGCGAGCUCGACGCCGGCCUCAUCUACGAAAUGAGCAACAUGAUCCGCGUCAUCGUCCAGGCCCGCAGCUGGGACAUUUCCUGGGAGCACAUCCCGCGCGACGAGUGGGCGGCAGCGUACCCCGGCGGCACGUCGACGAGCACCGGCAAGUUCAAGCCGCCCGACCCGCGCCCCAUCGUCCGGCCCAUGCCGCCCGACUACUCCGACUACCACACCACCGACAGCCUGCUCAAGGAGUUCAACGACAAGCGCGUCCUCAACAACGUCACCCUCACCAAGCACGACCUGCAAAUGGUCCUGGACGCCAUGGUCUACGACGGCAAGCUAGAAGCCAUGUCCGACGAAACAUACCGCGUCGCUCGACCCGCACUUGGCCUACCGCGCGACUCUCAAGCCCCGUCCGGCAGUCUAUGGGACAUGGAAGACUACGGAAGCGGAAGCGGACACGGAAACGCACAAGGAAACGGGUAUACGCGCGCGCCAUGUAGUCGAUGCCCCGUGUUCAACUUGUGCGAGGAAGGCGGGCCCGUGAGCGCGAGUAACUGCGAGUACUUUGAGCGCUGGCUCCGGCCGAAGAAGAACAAGAUGUUGGCCGAGGAGGGCAUGCUGAUGACGCCGGCGUUGAAGGAGCGCGUGGAUGCGCAGCUGGAGGCGCUGAGGAAGAAGGAGGAGGGUGUUGCGUGAGGGUUUGGAGGGGAGGGGGGCUGGCGGGGCGUCUUUUGUACCUAUGGUGUCCGGGUGUAUAUGUAUAGUUUGGCGUUGUGUAGAGUGAAUACCCCCCUUUCGGCCCGGCACAGGUUUCCUGGCAGUCAUGUAUAUACAUACAUACAUACACGCAUAAAUGACUCACUGACUUGGCGAAAAAAAGCCAAGCCGGACGACAUGGCGCAGGCGUUUGUAUCUAUCUAUCUAUCUAUCUAGAGAGAGAGAGAGAGAGAGAGAGACAGAGAGAGAGAGCAAAAAGCAUGGGGGUGUUUGCAGAAACAACAGUUUUGUCAAACA